AAUUAAAAUCCAGAAGCAUCUGAUAUGACUUUAGAUGAGGUCAAACUUGUUCAUGUUAUGACAUGCAAAUCGGAACGGGAAGGAGAUAACUCAGCGAGAGAUAAAGUACACAGUGCACCAAACUGAACAAGCUUCUUCCAAAAAGUAAACUUAGACUUAGAAACUUGUAGAAGUCGCAUAGAAAUACAUGACGGAGAACCCGGAAGGAAGUAGUUCCGUUUUAAAUCAACGUGUAAUUUGAUUAUAUUACACAAGGAAUAUUAGGGGAAAACAAGAAAUAAAUGGUUGAUGUCUUAGUUAUUUUAUUAAAGCAUGAAAUAAUCCAUUACAAGUAUUACAAAGAAAGAUAAGGUCAUAGCACCCUGAACAUGGAACAAUUAAUGCAAGUAAUACUAAAGUAAAUUUAGGAGAUACCCUGGGAAAAAAUGACAGUUGAGUGAUUAUCGGGAAAAAAAACUUACAACAAAAUUACCGCAAAAAACAUCCAUCAUGUAAUUAUCUAGUUCAAUGUCAAUGCCAACGCGAUUUACAUGCCUUCGAUUCAUAAAUCUGAGUUCAAAUGUGCUGAUACAUGAUCCCACGUAAGUCGCUAAUAGGGAUAUCAUAAAAUAUAGGAAGUAGAUUAAUCAUAAAUAAAAUUCGUAUAUAAAUCCCGUUUAUGAUGGAGGCUAUAGCAGACAAAGAUAACAGAGGAGAGUAUAUAAAUGGAAUAGAAUACGAACAUUUAAUUCCAUACAUUGGUCACAUUCCAAAACAUAAACUCACAGAGGAGAAAAGGAACUUAAAAGUUAAACAAGUUGAUGAGAUUUUGAAUCUAGGAUUGAAAAUGUUGUUUUUUAGUUUUGUAAUCGUGGUUCUAGUGCGGUUGGGGCAAUCUCGGUUUGCUGAUCAGAAAGAAGAAGGAAUCUCAAAUGCCGUAGUAAUAGUUGUGCAUAACACUCCGGAUUCAACAUUGAAAAACAUAGAAAUAGAUAUACCUCAAAAUCCAAAAUACCCAUCACCUCUAAAUCGAUACACAAAAAUUAAGGAUAGAACUACCGAUUUAGAAUGGAUGAAAAGUCAGUUUGAAAAAUCCUCAAUUGUGUAUAUGGCAGAAAGUGAUGACCAAGGCGCUGGAAGAGAGAAAAGAUCGCUUGUACCACAUGACACUGUUGUUACUGAAGAGGAGAUUAAAAUAAUCUUAGACACACAUAAUACAGCAAGACGGAAGGAGGGCUCCUCCAAUAUGGAAUACUUGAGAUGGAACGCUGAAUUAGCAGAUCUAUCCCAAGGAUGGGCUGAAAAUUGUGAUUGGGAACACGGACAGGUGAAUUAUAGCAAAGACCUGGCGCAAUUCAACCCAAUCGGACAAAACCUUUACUUUACAACUGGGAGAUUUAAUUUAGCAGCAGGGAUUGAAGCUUGGUACAAAGAAAAAAGGUUUUACAAUUAUGAUACUCUGAAGUGCUCUUGGACUUAUUGUGGACAUUAUACACAGGUUGUAUGGGCCAAAAGUCGUGAGAUCGGUUGUGGAUACCAUACCUGCGAGACAAUGAUAGAAAGUAGUAAGCCUGGAAAAAUUCGAAAAAAUGCCAAAUACCUAGUUUGCAACUAUGGACCAGCGGGGAACUAUCGUAAUCAAAAGCCAUUUAAAAAAGGAACAGAAUGCACGAAGUGUUCCGGGGGAAGCUAUUUCUGCGACAAAGGACUUUGUCGUGAUUGUGAAAAAGACGGUAUGUUGGAUAAAUGUGUCUGCAUGGCUGACUGUAAUUGUGGAUACCCUACACAAGAUUGCAGAUGCCAGUGUCAAGAUGGCUGGAACGGUAACGAGUGUUUAGAUGUAUGUAAGAACAAACAUAAGUACUGCACUGGUGGAUGGCCGAAAUCGUACUGUACCUCGAACAAAUGGAAGGGUUACAUGAAAAACGUUUGCCCAGGAUUCUGUGGCCAUUGUAAAAUCAUUGAUGGACUAAAUGACACUUCGCCGUGUCCUUUAACUACAUCUGCACCUACAACUGCCGCCACAACAUCUGCUGAAACAAAUUUUACAUCUGCUAAUACAACUAAAACAUUUGUAUCUACAAUCUCAACAUCUGCUGAUACAACUACAACAUUUCCGUCAACAAUUUCAACACCUGCAGAAACAACUGCUACAUCUGUUUUAACAAACACAACAUCUGCAGACUUAGAAACAACGUCUACCUCUCCUUCGACUGCUGAACCGACAACUACAAUUUUUUCAGAAUCCCCGAAUAUCUCAGUGAAUAUAACCUCUACAACUCAAACACCCACUCGAACAACACAAAGACCCCUUACAACAACACGCAUACCCCUGCGAACAUUCCCAUCGACACUCAUACCACCGACUGUUCCGCAAAACCACACCGAUUGGUUAAAAAGGCAACAAACUUUAUCUGCCACUGGAAUGUAUGUUGGGAUAGGAUUAGCCGUCGCCAUUUUGGUAGCAGUAGUUGCUGCCGCCAUUUUUUAUGUUGUUGGUAGAAAGCGACGGUCUAAGAAUAUUGUAACGAUGCCCCACAAUACAAUGUACAUGAACUCAUCGAAAUCAUCAUUCGUUAAACAAUACGGACCUAAGACCAAUAACAAUGGCUUGACAAUCGAAUACUCUCCCUCGGAAAUAAAUAACGCGAAUGACUUUUCUCCCAUCGGGAUGAAAAACUUACCGAAAAGAGGUCCCACCGAGAUUGAAUAUACAAAUGAGUAUGUUCCCGCUAAGAUCGAAUACACGCAAGAUGAUGGUUCCACUGAAAUGAACAAAACUAAAAAUACUCCCACCGGAUCGACAGAAGCUGAUAAAAAUGUUCCCAUCGAUUUAAACUCUAAAGCUGAAUAUGAUCCCUCCAUUACUGAUGGUGCAAAUGAAUAUGUUAAUCCUAAUCAUAGUGAACCUGAAAACCAAGGACGAGUGACUGAAACUCAGACGGAGAGUGGCAAAUAUAAACCUGAUGAGGAACAAAACUUUGGAAUUUCUUUAUCUGAUAUUAAAAUGCAGGAAAAUGAUCUGUAUGACCAAACAACAAAUGAUAAUGGUACUGAACGAAAUAAUGACAACGAGCAACAAUCAAAUCAUGAAAAUGCAGACCUGGAAUCGAAUGAUGAUACAAAAAUACAAAUAGAUAAUGAUGUUAAAGAGAGAUCAAAUGAGACUCUUAAGUAUGGUAUGAAACAACCAACAAAUAACGAUACUAAUCGAGUAUAUGAAAAACUAAAUUACAAUUCGGAGCAAACAUUGAAUAAUGAUGAUACAGGUGAACGAUACUACGGUGGUCUUCCAACAGACAAUAACACAGAAAAAAAUAAUGAUUUCAAACAACCUCUCCAUAACAGUGGGCUGCCACUAACCUAUAAUUCUGAACCAUCUACGUAAAAUGCUUCAACCAAGGGAAUAGUCAAAACCCGGGUAUUUCGAUUUUCGUUCAGUGUAUAAGGGCGCUGUCCUAUCUACUGCAAAAACCGAUAACUUCCCGAAUAUUGUAACGCUUCGACUUUGAAGUUGCUGAUUUUUAUGUUAACCCUUUACUUGAAGUACUGACUCGUUUGAUUAUAAUUCUUAACAUGAGACUUUAACAUGAUAUCGAACUAUUAAUUAAGGAUCCUGAAUACUUUGAGCAUGUAUUUAGUUUAAAGCUAACUAAAAAGAGUUAUAGAAUAAUAUACAUUGUAUAAAUUAUAUGCUGAACAAUGUAUUUCUUAAAAUGCUUAACUCGAAUGCCGAAC